AUAUCUUUUGUGAAAGAAUAUUUUAAUCUAUUAGAGCUUAUCAGUCCGGUAUCUGAAAUGCAUAUAAAUUAAGUGCACUAAUCAACAGACUUACUUGACAAAAAGCUGUGCAGCCAGAUCUGAAAAUCAUAUAUUCACGAUGCUUCGAUAUACGUGGUUGUUGUGUACUUGCAUGGUAUUCUUCAUAGAAUCUGAAAUAGGUUUCUGUGAAAAUACAAAGGAAGGAAAGAAAAAUUUUUUCCAAAUUUUAGAGAAUGCUGUGUAUCCAGCAAAGCAAGAAAAUCGUCCAUAUCCAUGUCCAAAAGUAUUCGACAGACCUAUGGACUGUGCAGAAAUUCGAUUGAAUGGACAUAACACUAGUGGAGUGUACACUAUUUGGCCUAAGAGUAGAGUUUUGACUUGCGAAUCAGUAAAAGCAUACUGCAACAUGGAUAUUGACGGUGGCGGCUGGACGGUAAUUCAAAGAAGGGGAAAUUUUUCAAAGAAAGAAGACUACUUCUAUAGGAACUGGGAGGAAUAUAAGAAAGGAUUUGGAAAAUUAGACGAAGAUUUUUGGUUCGGUAAUGAAAACAUAUACGCUGUGACUAAUCAGAAGUUAUAUUCUGUCCGUUUUGAUCUCACUGAUUUCGAAGAGGUGAAAGCAUAUGCCGUAUAUGAAAAGUUUUGGAUCGAUAGGGAAGACGAAAGCUAUCUUUUACACAUCGACGGAUAUUAUGGAGAUGCUGGUGAUUCUAUGAAAAUUCACGAUAAGGAAAAAUUUACCACAAGAGACAAAAAGAAUGAUAAAAUAACCACAGGAAACUGCGCCGAGAAACAAAGAGGAGGUUGGUGGUACUACAACUGCGGCUACGCCAAUCUUAACGGUCUGUAUAUUCGAGGAAGCAGUGAGAAUGGUACCACGUGGUAUAACUUCAGAGGAAGUAAAAGUUUGAAAUCAACUGAAAUCAUGAUAAGGCCAUUUAAUUUCGUAAAGCCUUAAGCACAUUUCUGGACGUAUGAAUUUUACUGGAUUCAUACAAAUGCGAUCCAGUUUCGCAAAUUUUGCAUCAAGUAAUGGAAUUAGAUACAAUAAGAAGUCGAUGGACUUUACACAAAUGCCAGAAACAAAAUGAUUCGCCAGGAAAAAUAUUUAUUUAAAUGGAGUUAAUUUUCCUUUACAGUGUGCUAGAUAUUAAUUCAAGAUACUUUAAUCUUACUACUUAUCUUCAUUUUCAGUGUAAUUAUUUGUAUCCUAAUAGAUGAUGGCUGCAUCCACUCAAUUUUGUGUUUGCUAGCUGACAUAAAUAUAUAUUCCUCUUUCUUAAGCACUUCACCGUUCUACAAAAUAAAAAUAAUGGUUUCCUUUUAAUCCCUUCAAAGACGUUUUGAGUCUAAAACUGGCUUAUAAAUGUUUCUUUUCCCAUUUCACCAGUUCUUAGCAUCCAUUCACUCCUUGAAAUCGGCCUACUCUCUCUACCCAGGAGAAAAUUUCUUUUGUCUUCUCUAAUAUUUUAUCUGAAAAUUAAUAAAGAAGAUCACCUAAAAGCACGCUUUCAAACGAGCAGUAGUUCCUCUGCUAUACCAGAGCAGGAGACCGGAAUUGGAUUGUUAUGUCCUGCCUUUGUAAGUGAACUGCUUUUAGUAUGAUCCUGCCACAACGCCCCUCUGUAGAUAAAGUGACCAUUAAUCACCGUUAAUCAAUCACCGCUUUUCAUUUUCCCUGCAUUCUGAAGGUAGUUGGAAAACGUUAUGCGACAAGGUUUUCUAAUCGAGGAGUUUGACUGUCAUCUGCCUGAUUCAGGGGAAACGAUGAAGUGGUUAAAUUACUGCUGUAAAAUGAAUCAGAUAUUUAACAUUAGAAAUCUUAAAAAUUUAUUGAAUACAUUUCUAGGAUAUACAAAAUGGGACGUGUUUAUUUCAUGGGACGUGUUUAAAAGUAGAGUAUAAGUUUUAGGAAAAUAAAGAGCCUCGUUUUAUAAUCUGAAAUCUGGUCUUAAAAAAUUUAUAAUGUGUAAAAUACCAACUUUUCAUUUUGAAAAGUUUUUGCUAAAAUGAGAUAUUACAUACAAAUGAAUACUUAUUCAUAAAACUUGAUUCAUUUUAAAAUGUAGCCUUUAAUUAAUUUUCAAUAAAAUGCAUGUUUGAAAUACACUGUUCUUUAUACAAUAAAAUUUAUGUUUUACGUU